AUGCGAUUCACUGCUCUGUGGAAUGUCUGUCUUGUCGGCAUGACAAUUCCAUUUGCACUGGCUCACCCAGGCGAACACGAAAAGCACGAUGCCCGGGCUGAGCUGAUGAAACGCGAGUUCCGCAAGCAUACUCGCCGUGGCCUUGAGAAAUGCGCCAAGCGAUUCGAGGUCAAUGGACUCAAUGCUCGUGCUGAAGCUCGUCGUCGUAGCCUCUACGAUCUGCACCGUCGGCGGCUGGGCGCCCGUGAUACCACCGACGUCCUCAACACCUCUCAUCUGGUGGAUGACUCGAGCAUCACUGCCGACACUUCUGCAGACACUUUAUUUAGCAGCAGCUCUACUUGCGUGCUGAACCCUGAGGGUGAAACUGGUCCUUUCUAUGUAAAAGGCGAACUAGUUCGAUCCGACCUACGUGAAGGACAGGAGGGUGUCCCCGUCAUUUUUGAUGUCCAGUUUGUCGAUGUCAAUACCUGCGAGGGCAUUGAAGAUCUUUACGCUGAUAUCUGGAACUGCAAUUCUACUGGUGUCUACUCCGGCGUCAUCUCUCAGGGGAAUGGCAACACUGCCGAUACCUCCAACAUCGACGCUACAUUCCUGCGUGGCAUUCAAGUCACUGAUAGCGAUGGUGUGGUGUCAUUCAAUACCCUCUUCCCUGGUCACUAUUCUGGACGUACGACCCAUCACCACAUUGUUGCUCACUUGAACGUCACGGUUCUGUCGAAUGGAACUAUCACCGGCGGCUCUGUCGCACAUAUCGGUCAACUCUUUUGGGAUCAGGACCUCAUCACCGAGGUCGAGGCAACUUCUCCGUAUAGUACCAACACCGUCACUCUUACCACCAACGCCGAGGAUAGGGUCUUCUCUGAUGAGACGGAGGGCACUACUUCGGACCCCGUUCUGAACUACGUCUGGCUCGGUGAUAGUCUGAGUGACGGUCUACUUGGUUGGACUACUGUUGCUGUUGAUACUUCUGCCACCUAUGAUCCAAACUAUAGCUUUGUCUAUACAGCGAGCGGGGGUGUCGCUGAGUCUGGUGGUGGUACUGACAGUGUCUCCGGAGGAGGCUCUGGAGGCUCUUCUGGCCCUGGUGGGUCUGGCGGCUCGCCAUUUGCCUAG